GUUCGAGCCGGUGGAGCUGUAUGGUUGGUCAAGGGCCGGUCCUUGCUGAAGACCAGCCCUGAGCAGCUGCGCAGGGCGACUGAGAGAGAGGAGAUGUUAGAGGCUCUCUCUGAACCAAGCUCCCAGUCCACUCCAUGGACUUUUCACACUGUGGCAGAACAGGUGGGCGGCAACAAGUUCGAGGACAUCAGCAAGGAAGUGCCUGAUGUGACAGAAUGGCAGCGAGCUCAAAGGCCGGAGGAAGAGAUCCAGCCAACCAGGUUCCGACUACGGAGGAAGCGGCCUGCACCGGAAACCACCCGCGACGAGGAGGAAGAGGCGAUUGACAUAGGCCCCGAAGAAGAACCCGGAGGACCAACGAGAGGGCGAUCGCGAAGCAGGGAGAGACCCCCACGGGGCUCAACGACAGAGGCGACCGCGUGGUGGUCCACCAUUCCAGAACGUGAGUGGCCAGAGACACAAGCAAGCUACUGGUGUGAGAGAGAUGCAGCUAUGGAAAUAGAGAUCCCGAUGCCCGAAUCCAAACGUGGGAUGAACAAGGCCUUGGAGGAUCUUGGAGCCUACUUUGUGAACAACCUCAAACGAAGGGCGGUGGAACUGUCAGAAAAGCGCAUGACGGCUGAGGAAAAGGAAGAAUUUCGAGGCGCAAAGGGCGUCGAGAUUCGUAACUUCCUUGCAUCAGAAGCUUUCCAAGUGCUUCCUCCCCACCUUCGUCCAGACAAGUCACAGGCGAUAGGAAUGCGCUGGAUCUUGAGUUGGAAACUCAAGGAGGAUGGGACUCGCAAAGCCAAAGCGAGGGCCGUCCUCCUGGGCUAUCAGGACAGCGCGUACGAGCACCGUGCGACCACUUCACCUGUGAUGACGCGUCAGACACGACAGAUGGUGGCCCAGUUGGCAACGUGGAAACGCUGGAAGCUGAGCAAGGGAGACGUCACCGGAGCUUUUCUGCAGUCCCGAGAGUAUCCUGAUCAACUGUAUUGCAUACCGACUCCUGACAUAUGUGAAGCUUUAGGAGUGGCGCCAGGCACGGUGACCCGCGUUCAGAAAGCCUGUUACGGCUUGGUGGACGCUCCACUCGAGUGGUGGAGAUCAGUGGACAGCUUUCUGCAAGAACUCGGGUUCCAGAGAACCUGGGCUGACUCUUGCUGCUGGGUACUCCGCAAAGGCGGGGUACUCAAAGGGGUCAUUAGUGGGCACGAUGAUGACUUUUUGUUUGCUGGAAAAAGUGGCGAUCAGUUCUGGGAAGACAAGUUAGAGGCCAUCAAACAGAAGUUUAAAUGGGGAGCAUGGGACACGGGAUCCUUCACUCAGUGUGGUGUGCUUGUGGAACAGGGACCGGCUGGAAUUCACCUGUCCCAGCCCAGCUAUUUGGUAAUCCGGUGGGUGCACAGUGAAGCACAGCUGGCCAACUCUCUGACGAAGGCCAACGGCAUGAGAGAGUACGAGCUGUAUAGCAAGAUGGGACAUCGAUGGCGACUCGUGGAGGACACCAACAUGAUGUCUGCUCGCCGGCGGAAGGAGGAACUCAUGCUCACGCACGCGAAGCAUGCUAUGGAUCAAAAGAAGGCGGGGGCCCUUAGAGUGUCUGUGCUGUAG